UAUCCUCUUCUCAUCAGUUCUGAAUCUUGAGGCUUCACCUAUGGAGGGAGCUCUACAAAAGCACUUCCACACCUGCAAUUCAAUUCUUUAUUCCAAUUCUAUCCUUUACCCUGUUAGAAGAGAAUUAGUAGGAGGAGGGAAGAAGCAUCAUCAUAAUUUGGGAGAAAAAAGAUCAGGUGGGUCAAAGUGCUUUUUGGGUAUCUCUGCUUCUGCUUCCAAAAAUCAACAACAAAUCAAGGUACAUGCAAGUAGAAGAUCGAGAAGGGGAAAUCAAAGUAGUGAUACUUAUGUAGUUUUGGAGCCUGGAGAAGAUGAGAAGUUUGUUUCAGAAGAAGAAUUGGAAGCCAUUUUGAAGGGUUGGCUGCAAAAUUGGGCAGGGCCUCUUCCACCUGAUCUCUCACGCUUUGAAUCCAUUGAGGAAGCUGUUUCUUUCUUGCUCAAGUCCGUUUGUGAACUCGAAAUCGAUGGAGAUGUUGGCUCUAUCCAAUGGUAUCAAGUCCGUCUCGAGUGACUCGACCGUCCUAAUGUAUUUUGCUUUGUUUUCGACUUCAAAUCUCCUUACUUUUUCCGGGUGUAUAAUCAUCUAUUAGCUUAAAAUUUUGAAUUUAGUGAUAGUUAACUUAGCGAUAGAGAGCACGGAAGUCUUCUUUAAAGUAAUUUUUAUGGUUACAAAUUAUCAAGCUUUGCUUCGUUCUUGAUUUCAAAUGUCAUUACUUUUUCGGGUGUUAA